UCUUUUUUCUCGGCUGGAAGUAAGAGCCUGGAGUAACACCCAAGCCAAAACCACCAUUACACAUCUGUAGCUUUUCUUUUUCAGUUUGUUUUCUUCAGAAGCUCCCUCUAUUGAAAUAACAACGAUCUCAUUCCGUUUGCCUUUUUCGCUAUACCCUCUCCAACUCAAUCUCAAUGUCGAUCUUCGAGUACAAUGGAAGUGCCCUAAUUGCGAUGGUGGGCAAAAACUGCUUCGCCAUAGCCAGCGAUCGGCGACUUGGUGUCCAGCUUCAAACCAUCGCCACUGAUUUCCAGCGAAUCUAUAAAAUCCACGAUAAGCUCUUCCUUGGUCUCUCUGGCCUAGCUACUGACGCGCAAACUCUGUACCAGAGGCUUGUUUUCCGGCAUAAAUUGUAUCAGCUUCGAGAAGAGAGGGACAUGAAGCCUGAGACAUUUGCUAGUCUUGUCUCUGCUCUCCUUUAUGAGAAAAGAUUUGGUCCAUACUUCUGCCAACCUGUAAUCGCUGGAUUGAGUGAUGAAGAUAAGCCCUUCAUAUGCACAACGGACUCUAUUGGUGCCAAGGAACUUGCAAAAGAUUUUGUUGUUGCAGGCACAGCAUCAGAGUCACUAUAUGGUGCAUGUGAAUCAUUGUUCAAGCCUGACAUGGAAGCUGAAGAAUUGUUUGAAACCGUGUCUCAAGCAUUGCUAUCAUCAGUAGAUCGGGACUGUCUGAGCGGUUGGGGAGGACACGUCUAUGUUGUUACUCCCACGGAAGUUACAGAAAGAAUCUUAAAGGGAAGGAUGGAUUGAACUUUGUUCAUAGAUGCCAAGCCCUUCUAUACACAGAUCAGGCCACCCGUUGUUCAAUAUUGUUAACCAAACUCCAAUUUGAAUGUGAUCUGAGCCAUCUGGUUUCGUCAAGACGGUUGUUUAGUAACUUGAAAUCAAAGUAUUCUUGGGCUUGAUAACUUGACAUUACUGUUAUGAUAUUUGAAUGCAGCUUGUAGUGCCAAAGUUUUAUUUGUCGGUUGUUUUUCAGAGCAAUGCAAACAUUAUGGAUGAAUUUAGUUCUCUUAUGCGAUUGUUUCAACAUUCUUGUGAAGGGUUUUAUUUUCUCUA